AUGACACCCAAUGUUCUCAAUCCAGACCCUGCAACUGGUGAUGGAUUAGUCAUUAUGGCUCGAGGAUUGGGGAUUGAGCGGCUGUUGUCAACAAUCAUUCAGAUCCAUACUGAUCCACACACUCUUGUGCUGUUGGUCAAUCUAUCUUUGGCAGAUUUUGACAGGCUCAAGCAAAGCGUAUGUGAUGCUGCUGAAGCAAUCGGUGUUUUGUCCGAAGCUGAUGGUGGAUGUAUUCGUCCUGACCUAUUUGUGUUUGUCAACAGUGAAAUUUCGUCUGUAAAAAGGUCAGAGCUGUAUUUAGCUGGAGGUGUACUGGCAGUUACUUCACAGAUCUUGGUACUGGAUAUUCUCAACAAAGUCUUGCCAACUCAUCUGGUUACUGGGAUUCUUGUCAACAAUGCUCACCAGGUGCGCGACGUUUCUACCGAAGCAUUUAUUCUCCGGCUGUAUCGUGACGAAAACAAGGUAGGAUUUAUCAAGGCUUUUUCUGAAAACCCAGAGGCAUUUGUAGGCGGGUUUGCUACGCUAGAACGAACAAUGAAAGUGUUGUAUCUACGAUCAGUUUACUUUUGGCCGCGGUUUCACGUUCUAGUCAAAGAGUCGCUUGAUACAAAUGGGUCAGUGGAGCUGGUCGAGUUGCGCAUACCCAUGACUAAACGAAUGAAGGAGAUUCAAGCAGCAAUCUUGGACUGUCUACAUGAGUGCUUGCUGGAGGUGAAACGAUUGAAUCCAACCCUGGAGACUGAAGAGUUUAAACUAGAAAACGCAUUAUUUAAAUCGUUUGAUACUACCAUUCGUAUCCAGCUUGAUCCAAUUUGGCAUCGUGUCAGCACUAAAACAAAACAGCUCGUCAAUGAUCUUCACGUACUUCGUCAACUUUUAUCCUAUCUUGUUUCGUAUGACGCAGUUACAUUUUAUUCCUUUUUGGAAACCAUCAUGACAGCCAAUGCAGCAGCAACCACGUCAAUAUACAAGCGUGGUGCAGUAGAAAGUCCAUGGUUGCUGUUAGAUGCAGCACAUACUGUGUUUUCCAUGGGUAAAGAGCGUGUCUAUAAGCAACUACCAUCUACCAAUGAGUCUCAACAAGGUCCAUUAAAUGGAAUACUGUCAAAUAUUGAACCCGUUUUGGAAGAACAGCCCAAAUGGCGUGCUAUAGUGGAGGUCCUCAAGGAAGUAUUAAAGGAAAGGGAAAAAAUUGGUAAUGUAGGAAAUAUAUUGAUUAUUCUGACGGGCGAUAGAGCUUGUCGUCAAAUUCGCAGCAUUAUCGAAAACAUGGGUUCUUCCACUACUGUAUCACCAGACACUGUCAAAAAUCAAAAAUCUGCAGAUGGAAAAUCAUCUCGUUCAAAAGCGUCACAUCGAAUGUUUAGCAGCAUUGGAUCUGAGCAAUUGAUGAAUCACUUUUUUCAAAACUAUUUGCGGUGGAAAAAAAACAUGCCAGAUGUGUCUAAAACACUUCAAGAUGGUUCAGCUUUAUCGACUACCACACAAAAUAAUUCAGCUAUCCAACCUUCUAAACCACACGGGUUUGCAAAUCGACAAGAAAUUUCCUCAAAUGGUCGGAAUGCUCCUGCAAACAAGCGACGCAGAGUAAAAGGAUCUAGUCUUGCAACAAACUCAUCGGCUGCUCUAUAUCAAUCACUUGAUCUACUUGGACAACCAACUGCAGCCACUUUUGCUAUGGAAGCAGAGCACAAUAUUGGUGAUACAGAUCCAUUACCAAAGCAAAGCAGCUCGCCUUUAUCGUAUGUACAUGUGCAUGCAUAUGCAGCAUCUGCCAAAGUAUUUAAUGGCGAUGACUCGCAUUUAUUGGAGCAGUUGAAACCAAGAUGGAUUAUAAUGUACGAUCCAGAUGUGGCAUUUGUUCGUCGAGUAGAGCUUUACAAGGCAAUACAUUGUAACAGUGAGGUCAAGGUAUAUUUUUUGGUAUAUGAUAACUCUGUGGAGGAGCAAAGGUAUUUGACAUCGAUUCGUCGCGAAAAAGAGGCUUUUGAAAAGCUAAUCAAUCAAAAGGCGACAAUGGCAAUCCCAAUAGAUCAAGACGGCAGAGUAUCUACAGAUCCCGAAGAGUUGUUUUGGAAAAAUGUGGAUACUAGAAAUGCAGGUGGACUUCGUCGAGCUCCGUCUAAACCUUAUCAGAUUAUUGUUGAUGUGCGUGAAUUUCGAUCACCGCUUCCAUCUUUGAUCCAUGCUAAACACAUACGACUUGAACCACAUACACUUGAAGUUGGUGAUUACAUUCUUUCACCGCGCAUGUGUGUAGAACGCAAGUCUAUUUCAGAUCUUGUAUCUUCACUCAAAAACGGACGACUGUAUAAUCAAUGCGAAGCCAUGUGUCUCCACUACGAUUUGCCUAUCUUGCUGAUUGAGUUUGAACAAAACCGAUCUUUUUCAACAUUAAGCUCUUCCGAAGUCUUUGGAAGCGAUAUUUCUAGCAAUGAUUUGAAUAGUCGGAUUUCGUUGCUGUGUUUGACCUUUCCUAAAAUCGGCGUGAUUUGGAGCUCGAGUGCUAAUGCGACGGCAGAGAUCUUUGCAGAGUUAAAAGCAGGAGAGGAAGAGCCCGUUGCAGCAGAUGCUAUAAAAGUAGGAGUGGAUACCAAAGAGGCAAUUGACAGUGCAUACAAUAUUAUUCCUUCGGAUGUGUUGGCUGCGUUACCAGGCAUAUCAACAAAGACAUACCGAUCUGUAAUGCGCAAUGUUGAUAAUUUACGACAGUUGACAGAGAUGUCGUGUAAGGCCAUGCAGGAUAUGCUAGGACUGGAGGAUGGACAAAGAUUGUAUGAUUUUGUAAAUACCAAUCCAUCAAAACGAGGCAAGAUGGUGAUCUGA